GAGAGUGUGUGUGUAAAGGGACCUUUCUGCAUCUAAGAUGGUGAAGAAAGGAGUGAGGAAGAGAACAAAAUAACUACUGGGAAGUCUCAAACCAGCUCUUUUUUCUGAGGGAGGACUCGAAGGAUUAAAAGGCAACAACUUCUGAGGCGAUUUGUCCCCUGAGUUAUGGAUGUUGGUGCACUUACUUCAGGCCAGAUCAGAGCUCAGAGGGAUCUAACCAGAAGCAGCAACCACCGGCUCUCCACUUGCCUUUUACCAGGUUUUACCCUUCCAGUAUGUUUCAUUUGAUAAGACAUUUUCCAGCGCCCAGAGUUUCAGUACAAUGUGCAAAUGGAUACUGACAAAUGGUGCCUCAGCCUUUUCCCACCUGCCUUGUUGCUGCUUGCUGCUGCUCUUCUUGGUGUCUUCUGUGCCUGUCACCUGCCAUGACCUCAGCCAGGACAUGGUGUCCCCGGAGGCCACCAACUCUUCUUCAUCAUCCUCCUCCUUCCCCUCGUCCUUCUCCUCUCCUUCCAGUGCGGGGAGACACGUGCGGAGCUACAAUCACCUCCAAGGAGACGUGCGCAAGAGGAAGCUCUACUCUUACAACAAGUACUUUCUCAAGAUCGAGAAGAACGGCAAGGUCAGCGGCACCAAGAAGGAGAACUGCCCCUUCAGCAUAUUGGAGAUAACAUCUGUAGAAAUUGGAGUUGUGGCCGUUAAGUCCAUUAAGAGCAACUAUUAUUUAGCCAUGAACAAGAAAGGAAAAGUCUACGGCUCUAAGGAGUUUAACAGUGAUUGCAAAUUGAAGGAAAGAAUAGAAGAAAAUGGAUAUAACACAUAUGCAUCCUUAAAUUGGAAGCACAAUGGAAGGCAAAUGUUUGUGGCCCUGAAUGGAAGGGGAGCCACAAAGAGAGGACAGAAAACAAGAAGGAAAAACACUUCAGCUCACUUUCUUCCAAUGGUAGUAAUGUCAUAGAUGAAGGAAAUAUUUUAUUGAUGCCGUUGAACCAAAGGCUCUUAUGUCAAGAAUAUUUGGUAAUCUUCUUGAAGAGUAAAUGCAAAGAAAUAGUGCAGACAUCGGCUUGUUUGAAAAGAGAGCCGGAGAAGCCUUUGACGGUUUUGUACUCGUUGCUGGCACAUGAAAUACUUUUAUUUAGUUCAGUGUCAUAUCUUAUAAUCAAGAUACAAGCUGGAUCAAAUGGGAUGGAAGUUAUUGCCAGUGUGAACAAUUUUUUUUUAACCUCUGCAAUGGAACUUAAGGGACAUGAGACAAUCUGUUGAAUGAUCUUCAUGGGGAAAGUUAUUUAUGGAAUACUAACUCAUAUCAAAGACCAUAAUUGGUCGUUCAAGCCUAAUGAUCCAAUGAACAGUUACACGCAAGCAUUUACUGGAAGCACUUGGGUCAUAUGCACAAAUAGUGACAUUUCUGGAGAAGCCUUGUGGAAG